AUAUUUGUUGCUUUUGAAAAUGUGUGCGUUUUAAACCAACCUGUGUGGUUUUUAAAGUUAAAUGUCGAGACGAUUAAAUUUGGGUCGGCGAACGCGAAAUUCGUUUCAAGUUGUGGCUUCAAGGAGCCGUGAAAGUAGUCAAGACAUAACACAACUGUAAAACAACUGUAGACGCAUUAAAAUUCAGGACAAAUUUGACUAUACAUCUGAAAACUCUAAAUUAAAAGAAAAGAAUAACAUACCUCAAAAUAAAAUUAAGAAUCUAUUAUGCUUAGGAGAUAUUUAAAUUUAAAUUUAGAAUUAAAAAUGUGUAUAAAACUAAGCAAAAUUAGCUAUAAGAAAUAUUCGAUCUAAUCCAAUUUCAUUUAUUAAUUAAUCGUAUUGGAAUUUUUGUGACUAGUGCACUAAUCAUAAGGUACAACCUUGUAGCACUAGGAAAAUCAAAAUAAAUAAACAAACAAACAAACAUCGCAAUGAAAAUAAUCGUCUACGCACAGCAAGGUCCCGUUUAAAUCAACGGAACAAUGAUGCAACAACAACUGCAAAUGAACGUCGUGAUAUACAAAAUCUACAAGGUGUUGCGUUCGCGUACAAUAGUGUCACCGAUUACGCUUCUCAUAGGCAAAUUAUAAUUGCUCCAAUGAACGACCGUUGUCGCCAUUGUCAGGCAUUAAAAUUUAAAGGUGAAGCAGAUGGGAUGUGCUGUGCGAGUGGUAAAGUGAAAUUGCCUGAAUUAGGCAGCCCACCACAACCAUGAACACAUUACAUAAUGGAUUGACACCUGAGUCAUUUUUUGAACAAUAUACGAAAGUAUAAUUCGAGUUUUCAAAUGACAUCUUUUGGCGCCACAAAUAUUAUAAGAGACAACUUCAUGCCAACGUUCAAGAUUCAAGGUCAAAUAUACCAUCGAGCUGGCUCUUUGUUACCUUUCGACAACGCAGACCACCAAUUUUUGCAAUUAUAUUUUAUCGGGAACGCGGAAGACGAAGCUGAUCGUCGGUGUGCCAUUAUUACCAACACGCGGAGCCAAAUUAUUUUCGAUUUGCAAAAUAUGUUCCAUGAGCACUACGAAUUGGUUCAGGUUUUCAAAACAUCGCUUGAUCGAAUGCCAUCUGACGAUCAUAAAAUUGUUAUUCGAGCUGAUAAAACACCGGUUGGCGAACAUGCAAGGCGUUUCAAUGCACAAAAAGUUGACGAAGUGGCAAUAGUCAUAGUUGGUGAGCAAUUUAAUAAUCGUGAUAUUGUGCUUCAUCGUAGAAAUGAACAACUUGAACGUGUAUCCGAGACUCAUCGCUGUUAUGAUGCACUACAAUAUCCCAGAUUGUUUUGGAGCGGACAAGAUGGCUAUAAUUUCAACAUUAAAAUGAUAAAUCCAGUAAACGGUCGAGAAGGAACAAAGAAAGUUAGUGCUAUGAAUUAUUACGCAUACAGGCUGCAGAUACGGCAAAAUCAAGACAACCACAUAUUGAGGUGUAGAGCACUUUUUCACCAGUAUAUUGUUGACAUAUAUGCAAAAAUUGAAUCGGAAUGGUUAAAUUUUCUUCGAUUCAACCAUGCAAAAUUACGUUCCGAAGAGUAUGUUCAUUUGCGUGAUGCCAUUAACAACGAUGGUAAUGCACAAAACGUUGGAACUAUGAUAAUAUUACCGUCAUCGUAUGUUGGAAGUCCACGUCAUAUGUUUGAGUACGCGCAAGAUGCGAUGUCAUACGUUCGCCGUUACGGUCGACCAGACCUCUUCAUCACCUUCACGUGUAAUCCGCAAUGGGAAGAAAUCUCGGAAUUAUUGUUUGUUGGCCAAACAUCGAAAGAUCGCCAUGAUAUUUUAGCACGUGUUUUUAGAAUUUUAAAAUUGAAAUCACUCAUGGAUUUAAUUGUCAAUCGCGGUGCAUUUGGGUCUGUUCAAUGUUGGAUGUAUUCAAUUGAAUGGCAGAAACGAGGUUUGCCUCAUGCGCAUAUUUGAAUUUGGCUGAUUGAAAAAAUAAGGCCGAAUCAAAUUGACGAUGUGAUUUCGGCAGAAAUUCCAGAUCCGACAGUGGAUCCUGAAUUGUUUGAAGUGGUCACCAUAAAUAUGAUUCACGGUCCGGGUGCAUGUCAUAACGCCCAGUGUCAUAACGCCCGGAGGGCUUUAUGUCACUUUUUUGUGGGCCUUAUGACACUAUAACGCCCGAAGCUAAUAAAAAUUAAAUAUUUUUAUUAUAAAAAUCAAUUUUCACUUAUAACACUCCCCAAUUCGUAACCUGCCGAAAUCCUAAUAGUAGAAGUGUUCGCGCGAUUUUUUUUUUUUUAAUUUUUGACUGCAUCUUUUGGAAAUAAAUGUUGAGAUUGAG